AUGCGUGCAACUCUCUCCCUCCUGGUGGCCGUCCCCGCGCUCGCAGCGGCGCGCAACGUCGUUACUAUCGGCAUGACUGGUAGUUGGCACUCUGCCAACGUGACGGAGGACAACACAAAGCUGCUAGACACUGCUCUGAGUGGCAGCAGCUACUCCAAGUCGGUAGGCGACAAACGCGUGUGCUUCACUGAGGUGACGUCGCUGGAGACGCAAGUCGUGGCCGGUACCAACUACCGCUUCCACAUCAGCGGCUGCGACGUCACGGACUCAGACGGCGAGUGCUCGGCGUCCACUUUGUCGUCUUGCGAGCUAUCAGACUUCGUGGUGCAGAUCUUCGAGCAGUCGUGGACCAGCACUCUUAAGGUCACAAGCAUCAAGGCCGAGGAGGCGGCGACGACGACGCAAUCUUCCACCUCUACUUCGUCCUCUGCCUCUAGCAGCGGAGAGAGAAUGGUCCAGAGCGCCGUGCAGCAAACUCUGUCGGAGAAUGAGAAGAAGGAGGUGGACGCGUGGAUUCAAGCCAAUGGACUCAAUCAGUAUGGCGACGCAGCAACGAGGAUGUACACGGGAGGUACCCCGCUGUUUGAUGAGAAUACGGGAAAGACUAAAGACCGCUACGCCUACAUUUUAAGCCACCACCCAGAGCGCCCGUGGCAGGAGACGGCGAUGAAUUUUGCAGUGGAAAAGGGGGUGGAUGAGACACAGGGCCAGGGAUCCGUUGCCGGUGUGUUCGCUAUGUUGGGCGUGUUCACUGUGGUGCUGGCUGGUGUGGCGGUUCUAAAGAUGCACCAGGGACGUCGUGACCGCGUCCGCUACAACCCCAUUCACACUCGCGAGAAGUAA